UGGUAUAUGAAUCAAAACGUGUAAGGUAGUGAGUGAGAUGAGAUGAUGUUACGGCAUGAUCGCUACGAUAGAAGUUUUCUGGAAUAUGAUGCCGCGUAAACUGGUACAGUUUUGAACUUAUGACAGGAGCCAGAAUCUCUGUACCAGAGAGUUUAUUCAACACACAGGAUUUAUGUUCUAUGAACUGGCCACUGGAAGUAUGAUUUGCCAUCAGAGAUGUUUUGGACGAAGGAUAUGUCUAAUGGGAACACUGAAUGGCCUAGAAAUCAGUCACAAAUGUCAAUUAUUAAUAAUGCAACUUUAAAAACAAAAUGCCUGUUGUGGAUGAGAAGUAACAAAACUUUCAUCUGAAAAACUUACUUGGCAUGCCAUUUCUAUAUCAGAAUGUCAGUAUUAGAACAGAGUAUUUUGAAGUCAUUCACACUUUUAUCAACAGAUGCCAAAGAACUGUACUUAAGGUCAGCUGUCCCAGUUUUGGAUAGUCCUGUAUCACCAUUGGAAUUUUACCGAGAUUGGGUUGCCACUAACCUACCUGUCCUCAUUAAAGGUGCUGUGAAUGAUUGGCCAGCAGUUGGGAAAUGGAAUGUGCAGUUCUUGAGGAAUUACCUGGGUGAGAAACUAGUAAUGGUUGCUGUAACACCAAAUGGCUAUGCUGAUGCUAUCACCAAAGGCAAUAUGGAACAGUUGUCAGAAUAUUUUGUGACUCCAGAAGAGAGGGUUAUGCCUAUGUCAGAGUUUCUGAAUGCUCUUGAAAAUAGGGAUCAAUAUCCUGGGGUGUUUUAUAUCCAGCGUCAGAAUUCAAACCUGACAGAAGAUUUCCCAGAAUUGGUUCCAGAUGUGGGAAGAGAUGUUCCAUGGGCCACAGAGGCUUUUGGUCAUGAACCUGAAGCUGCUAAUAUAUGGAUUGGUGAUAAACGUGCCAUCACAUCAAUGCAUAAGGAUCCAUUUGAAAACAUUUACUGUGUCAUCUCUGGCUACAAGGACUUCAUUCUUCAUCCUCCAACUGAUCGACCAUGGAUUCCUUAUAAAAAGUGUCCUCUUGCAAGCUAUAAGGAGAUAUCCCCAGGCAUAUUUGAUGUAGUACCUUGUGGUGCUGUCCAUUGUAAAACUAGUAAUGAUUUGAAAGGUGUGAAUCAGAAGCAGACUUAUUCUGAUGACUGUGUGAACAACACUGCAACAGCUAAGGAUAUGAAGACUUUAUGUAAUGACUCUGAUGAAGUAACAUGUGGUAUAGCAGCUGAGGAGUUAAACUUGUUAAACAAGAAUAGUGAUAUAGAAUGUCAUGAUGGUAGUUUCAGUGAUGGCUUUAUAAAUUUUCUUAGCAGAUUGAAAGUAGAUGAUAAUGUGAAAGUUCAGACUAAGGGUCUAUAUGAAAUGUAUGUUAAUGAGCACAAAGUUGAAACUAGGAAUCAUGGAGGCCCAUGUCAUAUGUGCCAUAAACAUGUUCACAAACGUGCAUCAACUUUGUCUUAUAUUGACCAUGAUGAUGAUAAAUCUCAGGGUAUAUCAAAAACGUCAUCAGACAUUUCAGAUGCAAACACUGUCCCAUGGAUCUGUAUUGAUCCCUUAUCACCUGACUAUGCCUCAUACCCAUUAUAUAGAAAUGCAACCCCUAUCAAAGUUAGAGUUGAAGCAGGAGAUGCACUAUACUUACCAUCUCUGUGGUUUCAUCAUGUUCAGCAAUCACAUGCUUGUAUUGCAGUAAAUUACUGGUAUGACAUGCAGUAUGAUCUGAAAUAUGCUUAUUUUCAGUUUCUGGAAUCACUUGUUGUGAAAUGAUGGUUGUGUUUGUUGUGAUCAAUUUUAAAGUUAAUUUACUAGCUUUUUAGUGCCCUAAAAGACAUUGUUUUCCACUUCAUUUAAUAUUCACAGUUGACUGUAUAUGUGAAACCAAGGUGUUCAGAUAAUGUGCCUUGCAAAUAAAAUUGGAGA